AUGACACGCUUCUUUGGCCUUCGUGGCACUCGCCUCAAUGUUGUGACUAUUAUCGGGGUGCUGAUGCCGGGCAUCUUGUCCGUUGGAUACAAUGCAGCAUCACUCGGUGGUGUGUUGAGCCUGGGAAGUUUUGAGAGACAAUUUCGCGAAAUUGAUGUCGCAGAUGCUCCAAAUAAGAACCUUGCAUCUACUAUUCAGGGAACUGUCGUGGCAGUCUACGCGAUUGGAGGUUUCAUUGGCACAUUCGCGUGUAUAUGGUUGGGCGAUAUGCUUGGACGCCGACGGGUGAUUAUGGCAGGAGCCGUUGUUCAGGUCAUUGGUGCAGUUCUCAAUGCCAGUGCUUAUUCCCUUGCUCAACUUGUUGUCUGCCGCAUUGUCAUUGGCAUUGGAACCGGUGCAUUGCUGGCCACGAUUCCUCUUUGGCAAUCUGAAAUCUCACCGGCCAGCAAGCGCGGUGCCCAUGUUGCUACGAAGGGUAUCUUCAGUGGUCUUGGGUGUGCAAUGGCCUUGUUUCUGGACUUUGGACUAUCUUUCAAUGAUGGAAGCGUGGCCUGGCGUUUGCCCGCUGCAUUCCCAGUCCUUCUUUCUGUGACAGUCUUCGGGUUCAUUAUCUUUCUUCCCGAGUCGCCUCGCUGGCUUAUCCGUCGAGGAAGAAUUUCCGAGGCACAGGCGACUUUGGCGGCAUUGGAGAACAAAGCUUUUGAUGAUAGAAAUAUUGAAACGCGCAUUGAAGAAAUGCAGGCAUCCUUCAAUCUCGCUGGGAACCAAAAGAAAUUGGCACAGCUGUUUUCAAUGGGUCCUCAACGAACAUCUCAUCGAGCUUUCCUCGCCAUGGCGGGUAUGACAUUCCUACAGCUGACUGGAGCCACGGUGACCACCUUCUAUACGACUGCAAUCUUUGAAAACAAUCUUCAACUCAACGAAUCCACGUCUAGACUCCUGGCAGCAGUCUAUCAACUCGUUGGCCCCAUCGGCGGCAUUUUCUGCGUCCUCACCAUCGAAGGUCUGGGCCGCCGAACGCUAUUAAUGGGCAGUGCGGCUGGAAACGCCAUGUGUCUAGCCCUAAUCGCAAGCCUAGGCUCCCAGACCGGCAAUAUCAUGGCAGCCCAUGGAGCCGUCUUCUUCAUCUUCCUCUUCCAUUUCAGCUACAUCAUCGGGUUCGGUGGCAUUCCAUAUCUAUACGCCUCUGAAAUCGCACCCAUGAAUCUGCGAUCAACCAUAAGCAGCAUCAGCAUCAGUAUAUCGUGGGCAAUCAGCAUCUUAGUCGCCAACGUCACCCCACUCGCAUUCAACGCAAUGGGUCAGCGAUACUUUCUUAUCUUUGCCGGGUUCAAUGCGGCAAUGGUUCCUGCGAUCUUUUAUCUGUUCCCUGAAACUUCUGGGCGUAGUCUCGAAGAGAUUGAUGAGAUCUUUGCGCUUUCUAAGAGCCUUUUGGAUGCUGUUCCCACUGCUAAGAAACUCCCGCCCCGCCAAGCUCAUGAUCUACCGCCGCCUGAGAAAGUCCUGGUUGCGGAUCUGAAGACCCUUGAUAGUCCUCUUGAAAGUCCAGUCUGA